ACAACACGCUAGAGCCACGGGGGGGCAGGAUUAGCAGUCAGCUGAUGCUGAACAUGAGAGGCUUUCCUCACUACAGCAACACAGGAAGAUGGCGACCCGAGCUCUUCAACGUGCGGGCAACGGCCUGAAACAGACGAGUGUGAGACCAGUAACCCGACAUGCCUCCAUGGUCAUCAGGAGCCUCUGUGCCUCCAAUAACAGACCGGGUGAAGACAGCUGGUUCAAGUCUUUGUUUGUCAGAAAAGUUGAUCCCAGAAAAGGCGCUCACUCUCAUCUGCUGGCCAAGAAGGAAGAAAGUAACCUCUACAAAAUUCAGUUUCACAAUGUCAAGCCUGAGUGCCUUGAUGCUUACAACAAGCUUUGCGAGGACGUCCUUCCCUCCGUCCACGCGGACCCCCACUACCCCUGUGAGCUGGUGGGCACCUGGAACACCUGGUAUGGCGAGCAGGACCAGGCAGUCCACCUGUGGAGAUACCGGGGGGGGUACCCGGCCCUCACGGAGGUCAUGAACAAACUGCGGCAGAAUCGGGAGUUUGUGGAUUACAGGAAGGAGAGGGGGAAGAUGCUGCUGUCCCGCAGGAACCAGCUGCUCCUGGAGUUCAGCUUCUGGAACGAGCCGGUGGCCCGGCCCGGCCCUAACAUCUACGAGCUGCGUUCAUACCAGCUCAGGCCAGGUACUAUGAUCGAGUGGGGAAACUACUGGGCCCGCGCCAUAGAGUUCCGCCAGCAGAACAGCGAGGCAGUGGGCGGCUUCUUCUCCCAGAUUGGAGAUCUCUACAUGGUCCACCACCUAUGGGCCUACAAAGAUCUCCAGUCGAGAGAGGACACUAGGAACGCAGCCUGGCAGCACGACGGUUGGGAUGAGGUGGUCUACUACACAGUUCCUCUCAUCCAGCACAUGGAGUCCAGAAUUAUGAUUCCUAUGAACGGUUCACCCUUGAAGUAACAUCCCGGCCAGGAACAAACUAACCAUCGACCAACCAAGUUCCAGUCGCCCCUGUUAAUCUACUCAGAGUUAACUGACUGAGCACAACCAGGGAAAUCGAAACACGUCAUCGCCUGUUCCUUUUCUUUGUCUUAGCUGUCGUACAUUUUCUCUCCCCUGCUUUUGGCCUAAAAUGGUGAUUUAAUAUAAUGCCAUAUUGCAGAUGUUCUGUGACUAAUUAAUGAUAUGCUGUGAUCAUUCAUUAUGAGAAUGUAUCUAUCCGUUCAGGAUUUGAUAAACCAAGUUAGGAUGAAGUGGAUGCAGUACCAUUCCCUCUGAAAGGCACUAUAAGCAAACUUCUGAGUUUACUUUUGAGGAUGAGAAUGAUGUGGAUAAUUGGUCUAGUAUGAUCCUCUGUUUUGUACUACCCAGCUGGGUGUUAAAUCCUCUGUGGAAAUCAUUUUCCUUUAAAUGCAAGUGGCUCAGCCAGUUGACAUGCCCAAGCAAUUGAACACAUGUGGUCUUUCCUCCCAAAUGUAGAAAUGUAUUAUUGAUGGAGUAAUGAAUGAGUAGACUUCCGUCUUAUAUUCAGUGUCAUGUCUUAAAACAAUAAAAGCAAGGGUUGUUGACGUGUGUUCUAUUUGGGUAUAAUAACCUAGGUUGUGUUUGGAAUACUUCAGAAGCUCAGUUUGUGGAACAAAAACUGGUUGGAUCUUAAAAAUCACUUAGAAAUGUAUAUUAAAAUGCUGUUUAGUUUGAAGUGGUGGAUGUUAGUAAACUCAUCAAGAUAUCAACCAUUGGGGACCCGAACGCCAUUAGCAUUUGUUGCCAGGGGUUAGAUUUCUUUGUACAUUAGACAAAAUAACUAAACAAUGUUAAGCUGUUAGUCGCUACUCAUUGUUUGUGAUUUCACCAUGGAAUUGAAACCUGCGUUUCUAACCAUAUUUGGUCUUUAAAUGAUCAUUGUCUGUAAUACAAUAAUGUCUCCUUGUUUUGGCCAAUUUAUAAGAAAAGUUUUCUAAAGAAAGACAUUGCCUUGUUCAAAAGCAAAGAGCAUGUGGAUUCCUAAGGAUAUGACCAAUGUAUGGAACUUUAAUCUGAUGUUUUGAUCAGAUUUGGUUAUUGAGGCCUGUGUGUUGAACACAACCUGCCAGACGGUAUCAUAUAAACUGACCCCUGGAGCUUGGGACAGGACCCUCGGGUGAACACACAGGGUCCCACCUUUCCUGGUUUGAACCAAUCAGAAACUGCCGUUGUAGUUUAUGUCCUGGAGGCUUCUGCGCUAGCCGAGUGGAGGAGCAGCACAUGAUAUCCGGCAAAUGUUUUGAAAUGUGUCAGCAUCAAAAUGCAGGAAGGAAGGAAGGAAAAUGUAGAUGCACAUAGAUGUGCAUAGCUGGCACAGUUACUAUUAACAGCAGGUCAGUCUAUUUGUAAAUUAUGUGUGAUGUUAAUCUCCAUGUGGCAGAGGUGAAAUGCAGUGGAUUAUUACGAUUAUUUGUAAAUAUGAAAUAAAACCUUUGA